UGUGUACAGGAGGAAUCAUGAAGUGCCUCGUUGCUGUUUUGGUCUGUGUGGUGCUCGCUGAGGGAAUCAAUGUCCCUCUGACGAGGCACAAGUCUAUGCGUGAGUCCCUGAGAGAGAAAGGGAUCGAGCUGCCUUACCAGGACCCCGCUAUCAAGUACAGGCCUGAGUUCGCUACCGCUGCCUACAUGUACAUCAACAACUACGCUGAUACCACCUACUAUGGAGCCAUCAGCAUUGGAACACCCCCCCAGUCCUUCCAGGUGCUGUUUGACACCGGCUCGUCCAAUCUGUGGGUGAACUCCGUCUACUGUAACACUCAGGCCUGCAACACACACAAAAAGUUCAACCCCCAGCAGUCCUCCACCUUCACUGCCAAAGGUCAAUCUUUCUACCUGCCCUAUGGAGCUGGAAGCCUCUAUGGAACCUUUGGAUAUGACACUUUCGCUGUUUCCAACAUUGUGAUCCCUAAACAAGAGGUUGGUCUGAGCACAAACGAGCCUGGUCGGACCUUUGCGGUGGCCAAGUUUGAUGGCAUCCUUGGCCUGGCCUACCCAUCUAUCUCUGCUGGGGGAGAGACCCCUGUCAUGGACAACAUGAUUACUCACAAACUGCUGGAUGCCAACUUAUUUGCUUUCUACCUUUCCAGGGAUGGAAGAGAGGGCAGCGUGCUGUCUUUCGGAACAGUGGAUACCAGCAUGUACCGGGGUGACAUCUACUGGACCCCUGUCACCUCUGAGAGCUACUGGCAGAUUGGCGUUGAAGGCUUCCAGAUCAAUGGUCAGGAGACCGGCUGGUGCUCCCGAGGAUGCCAGUCCGUUGUGGAUACUGGAACCUCCAUGCUGACAGCCCCAGGCCAGUUCAUGUCUGGCAUCAUGCAAGCCAUUGGAGCCCAAGAGAACGACAAUGGAAUGUUCAUGGUGGACUGCAACCAGGUCAACAACAUGCCAACUUUCUACUUUGUCCUCAGCGGUGUUCCCUUGCCUCUGUCUCCUUCUGCUUACAUCAUUCAGUAUUACCAGAAUGGACAAGAGUACUGCUACGUGGGAAUCACCCCCACCUACCUGCCCUCUAGUGAGCCUCUGUGGAUCUUUGGAGAUGUGUUCCUCAGAGAGUACUACUCCGUCUACGACCGCACCAACAACCGUGUUGGCUUCGCUGCAGCUGUCUAAGCGUCA